AUGCUGUUCCCGGAGGAGGAUGCGCCGCAGCUCAAGACAUGGAUUGUCAAGCGCAUUGAGAACACAUCAGAUGCUGAUUCCGACGUUCUCGCCGACUAUGUCAUUGCUCUGCUAAAACACGACGGCGACGCCGCAUCGGUGCGGGCGCUUUGCGAAGCUGAGAUUCCCGAUUUUCUGACUGAAGCUACAGAUCCAAAGACUUUCCUGGAUGAUGUCUUCCAAGCGAUUGCAUACAAGUCAUAUCGACCAGGCGCUCCGUCGCCCCCAAAGCCUACCACCAGUGGUGCCAUUGGCGUCGCAGCUCGACCUCUCCCAAGUGCACAGGGCGUCCAAAGCAGCGGGCCACACCAUACCGGCUCAAGAAAACGAGGAUUUCAUGAUGACGGCGAACACGAUGGGCCAGCUUCGCAUGGCAGGAGCCACAAGCAGCCUCGACGGGGCUCGAAUCACGGAAGAAUGGACGACUCGCUGAUGGGUGGCCAGCAAGGGAGCUACGUUUCCGUAGACUCGAUGCCAGGCAUGUCACAUUUCGAUCCCAGGGGUGCUCUUGAAGCAAUUAUGCAGAUGCAAGCUAUGGGUAUUCCUUACCCUGGCAUGGCCGAGUUCAUGGCUCAGAUGCCUCAUGGCGGUGGAAGGACCUCACAACGGCGGAGAGGGCGCUGUCGAGAUUUUGAUACCAAAGGAUAUUGUUCUCGUGGGAAUCAGUGCAUGUAUGACCAUGGGAACUCUUCCAUCUAUGUCCCCAAUAUGUUAUCUCAAAUCGAAGAGUAUGAUCCUAAUAAUGCUGUACUGAGCUUAUCGGCACUCGCAGCAAAUCCUUACCAGUUCCCUAUGGAGACAAAGGGCCGUGGUCGAGGCCGUGGCGGACGUGGCGGCAAGAAAGGCGGCGCCAGAGCCUCCUUUUCAGCAGAGGGCCCAGUUCAUGACCGUUCCAAGAGCACCAUUGUUGUGGAAAAUAUCCCCGAGGAGAAUUUUAAUGAAGAUGAGGUCCGCGCUUUCUUUUCGCAGUUUGGCGAGAUUGUUGAAGUCUCCAUGCAGCCAUACAAGCACUUGGCAAUUGUGAAAUAUGACAAGUGGGCGUCAGCAAACGCGGCGUAUCGAUCACCAAAAGUUAUUUUUGACAACAGAUUUGUUAAGGUAUUCUGGUACAAAGAUGAUGACGCCAAGUCAUCGUCAAAGCAUGGCGAUAGUGGGCCAUCCAAAAUCAACGGCGAUGGACCAUCUGCUCCAGCCGAAGCUGAGCCUGAAAUUGAUAUGGAAGAGUUUCAACGGAGGCAGGAAGAGGCUCAAAAGCAGCAUCAAGACAAGGAAACUAAGCGAACAGAGUUGGAACGGCAGCGUCAAGAGUUGGAGAAACAGCAGCAAGAGCUUCUGGCAAAACACAGAGAAGAGAGCGAGAGACUGAAGGCGAGAUUAGGCGAGAAAAGCGGCGAUGCUAAAGCUCCAGGGUCCUCAUCAUCAACCGAUACUCUCCGUGCUCAAUUAGCAGCAUUAGAACAGGAAGCCAAGAUUCUAGGUAUCGACCCCAAUAUGGCUGAUGAUGGUGGAAGCAGCUACAGCUCAAGAGGCCGAGGAUACAUGGGACGUGGUGGACGCGGUAGUGACCGAGGUUUUGCGCCACGAGGCCGCGGCUCCUUCAGGGGCCAAGCCGGCAGACAUGCUGCAUAUGCCCAGUACUCACUGGAUAACCGGCCGCGAAAGUUGGCUGUCACUGGCGUAGACUUUACUCCUGCUGACAAGGAUGAGUUGCUUCGACAUUUCCUCUUGAACUUGGGUGAAUUUGAAUCUGUAGAGACUACUCCCACAGUCACAAACGUAUCUUUCCAAGAUCGUAAAACGGCCGAAAAAUUCUAUUACAGCCUACACGGCAAAGAAUUACCCGGAGUCGAAGGAACGCUCGAUCUCUCCUGGGUAAAUACACCUUUGCCACCUGUAGGAGCCUCUAAGAAGAUUGAAGACGUUGGUGAUGGCGAUGCCAUGGCUGGAAUGAAUGACGAUGAGGAAGAAGGUGAGGUGGUUGAAGACUUGCCUGAGAAGCAUAUGCAGGGGCGACAAGUUGACAUGGACUAUGAUGUUGGGGAUGAUGAGGGCUGGGCUGAAUGA